AUGAACACGACAACUUUUUCAACUUAAGUUAACAAUUUUAAAAAACAUUUUUUUAGCCUUUUUAAAUAUUUUAAAAAUUAACUUGUAAAACUUAAAUUACGUCAGAAAUAUGGCUAGGAUAUGUUUUGAUUUUUAACGUUAAACUUUGCGACACUUAUGAACAUAUUUUAAAGUGAUUUAUCCAAUGGCUUGCCAAAAAAUUAGUUUAUACAUUAGCGUAUUAGCAUUAUUAUUUCAAGGAAUCCAACUAAAGGAUGAUACGGAGCCAUUUACCGCUCAAAUAGUUGAAAACAUCGUAAAAAAAGAAAUUGCUAGAAAAAUGCCGGCCGCAGUCAACCAUAGAUACAGAAAAGGAAAAACUUUGUCAGGUGUGCAUCUUAAAGCAGCAACAGAUGCAAUAAAUAAGUUGGUGGAUGAAAGCAUCGUGGAUAGGGUGCAAGAAGCUGAAAAAGAGGUGUCUCAAAUGUUACUAAAAAGCAUUGAACACCACAUUCAAGACGCCGGAAAGGUGCUACUCAAACAAGAUGAAAAUCAAUGUCGCGACAAGUUGGAUAGCUGUGAUAGACUUGCUAUUGCCGGUGUUUGUGAAACCUCGAAAGAUGCAAUGGUAGUUAACUGUCCAAGCACAUGUAGCUUUUGUGAUAUGCUAGACGAUUUGAAAAAACAAUCUGAAAAAGAAAAUAUCGAAACAGAAAAAAAAAAAUUAAAAGAGAAAAAAAAUAAAUCAAAGUCAAAAGAGAAAAAAACAACAAAAACUAAAAAACAAAAAAAUAUUAAGCACAAAAAAGAAUCAAGUUAUGCUCCAGAAGUAGUCCGACCUAUCCACUCCAAUAUGCUCGAUCAAGCUAUUGAUCAUGCAAACCUUCCAAUGGCAGUGAGUAAUGGUAUUACCUCAUCUUUAACGGAAAGCUCUACUGACUCUUCAGCUGAACCAAAAGCAAGUUUUUCUGAUUACGAAGAAAGUAAAAAAGAAGACGAAGAGCAAACAGAACAGGAAAGCGACGAAGAAACGGAGCAUGCAAAAGAACAAGAAGCAAAAAAAGAAGAAGCAAAGAUACAUCAUAAGAAAAAAAAAAUUGCAUUAAAAAAAGCAAAGGAAGCAAAAGCUGCAAAGGCAGCAGCUAUGCAAGCAGUUAAGGAAGCAGCGGCAGCUAAAGAAGCAGCAAAAGAAGCAGCUAAAGAAGCAGCUAAGCAAGCUGCAAAAAUAGCUGCAAAAGAAGCAGCCAAGCAAGCUGCAAAAGAAGCAGCCAAGGAAGCAGAAAAGGAAGCAGCAAAAGAAGCAGCAAAAGAGUCGUUUAAAGCAAAAACAACAUCUAUGCUAUCUGCAACAGACUCGCAAGAAGCUCACUACUACAAAACACAUUGUCAUCCAUUAUGCGCAAAAGAAUGCCUGCCAUCUUGUGCUCCUAAAUGCUGCAUCAAAAGUCCUAAAAUUAAAAAACAUUGUCAUCCUAUGUGCAAAAAAAUCUGUUUGCCGUCUUGCGGCAAAGGUUGUUGCUCAACAGGAGUGACACCUGUACCACUACUUGUUGAAGGAAUGUGCCCACCAGGUUGCCCAGCUGAAUGUGCUCCACACUGCUUAGAUACCUGUUGUAUUGGUCCAUCUAGCCCAUCUCAACCUGCACAGCCUUCUAGUGUGUUUACACCACCUCAGCUAAACAUUAACGAAAACCUUAUGACCCCGCUAUGUUUUGGAGUGUGUAUAAACUCAUGCGAUGCUUCAUGUCCUUCUACAUGUUGCACUAACAAUGUUGCCCUGCAAUGUGGACAAUCUUGUCCAAGUAGCUGUGCUCCGCAGUGUAAUCAGCAAUGUUGUUCAGCAGAUCUUUCUACUUCCCUUCUUCCACCACCUCUUCCUCCACCUCCGCCUCCUCCUCCUCCACCACCACCUCCUCCUACUUAUAUUCCACCUCCACCAAUGUCACUUUCUGCACUUCCUGCUCUUCCAUCGCCUUUUGAUGAAUGCCCUGGUACCUGUCCCAAGAAAUGUGCACCAGGCUGUGAUUUUGAUUGUUGUCGUCCUUUUCUUGAUCCAUCAAUAGUACGACAAAUGCAAGAAGAAAUGCUUUCUCCGCCAAAAAUACCUGCUCUUUCUCCUACAAUUGAUUUACCUCAACAGUUUAUAUCUAAUCCUGCAUAUCCAGCACCACCAGCUCCACCAAUGAGUAAAGUAAUUCACAUUCAACAUGUGUACACACCUCAACGAACAGUAAUACCAAGCUCUACAAGUGAACUUCCAGCAUCUUGCCCUUCUGAAUGUCAAAAACAAUGUGGUCCAGCUUGUGCUCGUGAUGGUUGUUGUACGGAUAGAAAAAAGAGAAAACGAGACAGAGUGCCUUAUCCAAAAUACGAAUAUGUUUAUAAUUGGAAUCAUAAAUAUAAAAUUCCAGGAGGAUCAGACUUUUAUGAAUAUAGAUAAAUUGUUAUGAUUUCAUAAAAAAUACUCUAUUAAAAUUGUCUGGGUGACAGAUGAUAUCUAAUAAGUUACGGCGUAAAACUUCGCAAAAUGACUUGAGUUUUCAAAAUAUCAAAGAUUUGCUUAGCCGGAUUAACUGAAAGAACAUUUGACAAGCAUAACUUCAAACUCAAAACUUAAAUAACAUAAUUGACAUGAAAAUUGAGAAUAGAAAUUAUAGUUUACACUAUUUGUGCAUCCUAUUUUUGAUAACAAAAAAACUUUUUAUGGCUCAAUACACAAACAUUUUUGAUAAUAUUGGUAAUAUUUUGGGUAGCCAUUAAAUCUAAAAGAAGGAGAUACUACAACGUACGACUAUAGUUUUUAGCGCACAACGAAUUUUCAUUUUGUAUAAAGUUUUUGUUUUUAUCUCAUUUUAUUGUUUGUAAUAUUAGUUUUUGUUUGUACAUGUUGUGAUUUAUAUUUCGUAGAAUUGUGGAAUGAAUAAAAAUAAAUUAAUAUAAA